AAAGGGGGGGGGGGCCCUGUUGUGUCCGGACGUGCACACAAACAAGUGCACCGUGUGUCGCUGUUGUACCGCAUCAGCCGGUGGCUUUAUAAUACACAACGAGCUACUCGCUCGCUCUCUCUCUCUCUCGCACGUCGCCUGCGUCUCGCUCGAGAAGUUGGGGCCAGGUUUGUAAAGAGCGAAGGCAGUCAAGUUGAAGGACGUCCGAGCCGAUCCGAGAUGAUUCCGAGCGCUCGUGCCGUGCUGCUGUGCGUGGUGGCGUCGGUGGUGGUGGUGUCGGUGGUGCGGGGAGAGAGAAUGGUGGGAGGCUUCCAGAAGCUGAACCGCAACAACGCAGAGGUGCAGGAGAUCGUCGCCCAAGCCAUGCAGAAGCUCAACGACGAAUCGGAUAGCCCCAACUGGCAGAAGGCCGACAGAGUUGUCAGAGCCAAGUCUCAGAUUGUCAGUGGCGUACGUUACUUAAUCACAGUGAAGCUGAGAGAAACUUACUGCCCCAAAUCUCAGAGCCCUGACAACUGCUCCACGUACAACUCGGUCAACGCUGGCAAGUCUCUGGUCUGUGAACUGGACAUCUGGAGCCAACCCUGGAUGGAUUUUCUGAGAGUUCUCAAGAAAUGCCCUCAGUGAAGAAUGUGGCAUCCAUCCUAUGUAAAUCACGAAACCGCUUGACCUCGUAACAAUGUGUGGUCUUUGUAGUUCUAAAUGAUUCGUAAAGCUGGUCUAUACCCUCAGUUCUGUUCCCAUCUUAUCCUUGUUUCCUGAAAAUGAUCUGUCACCCAACUCACUUAGAGCUAUCUUCUUAAUACAAACACAAGCAUUGCAAGCAUAUAUCUAACAUGGUGUUGUGUAACUGUAUUUUGCUAAAAUACUAUAAUUUGCAUGCAUUUUGCUCCGUUCUUAGGCAGUAUUUUACACUAAUAAUUCUGAAUUUGAAAUAAAAUGUUGAUCUUA